AUGCCGCGCACAGCCACCUCAGAGGACUUGAAGGACGAGGCUUUCCAGAUGAGGAGGGAGGAGGCCCCGAGGACUCGGAUCGGGCGAGUCUUCUCCAGGAUUAUCUCCAGGCGACGGAAACCGCGGGGCCAGGAGUUCUACGAGCUGUCCAGGGACAGCUCUCACCCGGGGCGAGCUUCGUUCAACAGAGAUCAUGCCUUCCGCACGUCGCACGCCGAGUUGGACGGCACCGAGCUCAACUCAGGCGGCGGAGCGAGGUAUUGGCGGAACCAGAGCACGGAUGGCUUAACGGCAUACCAGAGGGCUAUCCAGAAGUUGGACAGGGAGGCGUUGGGACCGGCGCCAGCUCACGCGCCAGCGACGAGGAAAUCGGUGCAUGACAUCAGCCUCGAAGGGCACCACUACCAGCCACAAGAACCAUCACCACCUGCUUCUGCGCCGUACACCCAAGUCGACUACAGCUCGCUGCCAUCAAUGCCCUCGCCAGCAACACCCCGCUUUUCGACAAGGCAGAACCGCCGCUUCGACGCCCCCCCUCCACUGAACAUUGCGCCCCAAAGGGCGUCAGCGUCACUUGUGACGAGCACCACUAACGCCAACUCAACCUUCAUUUCCUACUCGCCAUAUCAGUACCACACGCCUCACACCGUCUCCCCCCUGCCGACCGACGACGUCGGCCCAGUUCCCAGACACGGGCCCUCGUCUUCGCACUCAUCCAAAUCAGAUCAAUCGAGCCUAGCAUCACAUUCUCCAGUAUCUUUGUCAUCGCGCGGCCGGGUGUCUUCCAUCAGCAGGACCAACUCGGCUGUUAAGCCGGUGGAAUCUCGCUCUCUACCCCCGCCAACGCCGACAUACCACCAAAGCCAAAGGGCACCGAUUGACACCGAGAACAUAAUCUGUCUCGGCCCCAUGCCCGACAACAUGCAGUUUCCGUCGCCCUCAAGUAACCAUUUCAGGUCCCAGUCCCAGCAAAACCCUCGCUCACCACCCAGGCUGGUCAUACCCAACGAACAGCACAGCUCACCCGCAUCGCCGAGCAGCCCGAGCAGCCCCGUCACCCAGGACCUGUUCCUGCACGACCAAAGCCCGCUGGCGCCCUAUCAGAGCCCCGUCAAGUCCGUCUUCACCCGCGAGCUCUCGCUUCACUCGAACCGGCAGGGGACCGCCGACGGCUCCUACCGCGAGGGAGACCGGCGCGGGUCGACCGACAGCCUGGGCAGCAACUUCACCGUCGAGGAGGAGGCGCGCAUCCAGGCACAGAUCGUCAAGAACCUGUCCAUGCUCGGCCACGAGCGGGUGGGCGGCGAGGGCGAUAUCGUGCACGUCCCUCAGCCCUCGCCCAGGAGGUAUAGCUGGGAAGAGACCAUGUGA